GCGUCCAUUUCAAUAAAAUGUUCUUUUAUCUUAUCACCAUCAUCAAUUCAUCAUCAUCAUCAGCAGCAGCAGCAGCAGAUUCAACACCCUUAAAACAACAAGUUCAACAGUCUAAAUACUACUGAAAGAAAAAAAAUGGAAGGAUUGUUUCUACUAUGUUCAAUAAUCACUACUUCACUAAUCUCAAUCACCCUUUCACUUCUUCUCCCUUUACAAUACCUUUCAACUAAAUUAUCUUCGUCAAAAUUGAAAGAAAAAGAAGAGGAUAACAAUGAACCAGUAAUAGUUCUAUAUGAAGGUGAUGUAUGGCAUGAAAGAAAACGUCCGGUUCAUAAUUCUUUCAAAUAUAAUUCUCGUUAUGCUCUACUUGAUCUUGAUCGAGCACCCAAAUCUUUACCUUCUUCUUUCUUUUCAAAUCAUUUUUCUGCUCAAGAGGCUCGCAAUAUUACUUCCACUACUGGACCCGUGUUUUUGUUGACAAUUCCUCCUAGUGUGGGAUAUGAGCAAAACCCAUUGAGUGUAUACUAUUGCUAUGAGUUGGUUGAUUCUGUUCUUUCCUUAAGAAAGUGUAUUGCCGAGGUAACAAAUACACCAUGGGGCGAAAGAGUAUCAUUUGUUUUCAAUCCUGCCUCAGAUCUUAUUGCAAAGCCGUUGCACGUCAGUCCAUUUAUGGAUAUGCUUGGGGAUUGGACCAUAGAAGCAACUGCACCUGGCAAUUCUCUUUUAAUAUCAAUUUCUGUUAAGCACCCAACCCUGGGAGACUACUUCAUAGCUACUUUGAAUGCUAAAAGAGUCUCUUCUGGGGCAUCAGACCCAGCAUCGUUCUUUUGGUUGAUGCCUCACAAAGUUGCACUGUGGAUAUACUGGCAGGCUCUCAAGUUGUGGUGGAAAAAUGUUCAAUUCGUGCAACACCCCAGGUAUCAAUAUCCUACGUACAGAGCAGAAGCUUUAAUGCGGGAUCAGAAACUCCAAGGUUGUCCUAUAUUUUUACAGGAAGAUGAUGCCAGUUACUCCAAUACUGCGGCUGACAAUAAUGACCAGAAACAUCGGUAUGUACGUUGGAGAGAAGCUCAGUGGCCCUGGGCUUGAUUACUUGCAUCAGUAUAGUUUCAAUGAACGACACUUACAAGUCUGUGUACCUUAGAAGAUAGCAGUAUACUGAGAAGAAAAGGUAUUUUUCGAGAUACAGCACACAAAAUAGCAGAAAGCAAAUUUACAAUAGUUCUAUGGUGUAGCACCAAGUUGCAUACCCUGACAAUCACAUCUUGAAGGCAGCCAGAGCAUGGGCAGCUUUAUGAUCACGCGAAUUAACAUAAUAAUGCUGCAUAUAGUCCGUAAGUGUGAUAUCUUUGUACAGUUUUCCAUUUUCAUCAGAAAUUAGUUCCUUAAUUGGACCAUAAAGCUUUGUAGAUUUGAUAAAGCUGGUUGCGAAAAAUGAAGCCACAGAUAUUCUAGGUCCAGCCUCGCUUGACACUACUCUAUGUGGUACACUUUUGAAUUUAUCAUUGCUGAU